AUGGCUUUUCAAACAGGAGUAGCAAAGUUGAUUGCAAAUUUAUUGACUUGCGUUUACUGCMAUAAAAAGGGUGCAACUAUAUCAUGUUGUGGAGUAAAAUGUCRAAAAGUAUUUCAUCUUCCUUGUGGAUUGAAGAAUGGUUCCAUGCAUCAAUACUUUCUUUCAUUUAAAUCAUUUUGCCAAAAACAUCGUAUCCCGCAAAUUGUAGAUUCAUCUGAGUUACAAAAUUCURCUCCUACUCAGUGUGUCAUUUGUAAGGAUACUAUUACACCAUCUCUAUCACCCAAUUAUAUYUGGGCUCCAUGCUGCAAACGCAAUACUUGGUUUCAUCGUGAAUGUAUUCAAGAUCUGGCAUUAAAUGCAGGUUACUUUUUUAGAUGCCCUUUAUGCAAUGAUGUUGAAAACUUCAAGUCCAGAAUGCUCACUCUUGGAAUAUAUAUACCAUCUCG